AUGACUGCUGUUGCAUCGCCACCAAGUGUGCAAUCCGCGCCUCGUCUAGGAUGGUACCCGACUGGUGACGGUGGACAAGGUGCCCUUACCUCAAUGAGUGCAGACGAGGUCUCGCGAAUGUUGAUGCCACGCAAGAGCGUCCAACGGUCAAACUCCUCGUCUUCCCUCUCCUCGAACUCCUCCAACUCAUCGACCUCCACGGUUACCUCCCAGCUGCCGAUACAGCCUCAGAGUAAUGGUGUUUCUGUCCCGGCCCAGGGACCCGGUGCAGACUCUUCCAACGCAACCACCAGAAAGAAACCGUCACGGUACACCUGGUCCAGCUCAAAAGCAGAUCCAGUCUCGGGCGUGACCAACACCCGGCCACAGACUGUGUCUGUUCCCCCAUCGGGAGUCUCUGCUUCUUCGGCCAUGUCUGCCCUUCACCAGACACCCCCCAUGGUCCCCCUGCAACACAUCAUGCCACCACAGCAGAAUGGAAUACGUCCUGGGAACAGACCACCCCAUGAACCAGCCGUUGUGCUCUCCCUCCUUCCUAUAAAUGGUACAUUUGAGCGGAAGCAGAUCAACGUGCCAUAUUUCCCAGAGGUGCUGCGUAUUGGCCGCCAAACGAACGCCAAAACGCUUCCCACUCCCGCCAAUGGAUACUUCGAUUCGAAGGUCCUCUCGAGACAGCAUGCCGAGGUUUGGUCCGACAGAGCAGGAAAAAUUUGGAUCAGAGAUGUAAAGUCGUCUAAUGGAACCUUUGUCAAUGGCCAAAGGCUGUCCCCCGAGAACAGAGACUCUGAACCUCAUGAACUGCGAGAACAUGACGUCUUGGAACUCGGUAUCGACAUUAUCAGUGAAGAUCAAAAGUCAAUCGUCCAUCACAAGGUUUCAGCAAAGGUCGAGCAUGCAGGCAUCCACGGACCUAACAUGAACAUCCUAGAUUUGAAUUUUGGUGACAUCGAUCCCACUACGGGUGGUGGCCUUCUCCCACACCACCUGAGUCAACCUCUGUCUCAUAUGCGUGGCCGGGCUGGAAGUGCAUCCUCUACUGCAAGUGCAGCAAGCGUACGCUCCGGACAAAGUAUGCCUGGGAGUCAUGCCAACCUCCUCCACCAGCAGAGACAGAUGAACUACUGGUCGUCUCCAAUCUCAAUUGAACAAGUUGUGAAAAAACUUACUUGUGAGAUGAAACAGGCAAAACAGCUGAAUCAUGACCUUGGCCAAACCUCUGGAUUCCUCAGUACUAUAUCUAAUCCAGAAACCACUAACAAGGAGCGGGCUAGCCUCCUAAACAAUGUUGCCGAGAGCAGCCCUGUUGGAACUAAACCACCCGUUCGGCCCAAGCUAAACAAGACCGAUUCUAUGUCGAGAUUCUCAGACCCUCCUGCACCACCCCCACAACAACCUCUACCCGAGAAGCCUGACGGCCCACCACGGACGUUCUCUACCGAUUCGCUACCGAAAAUGUCGUUAAGAAGAAAUGAUACCGAAAAGGCUAAAGCCGCAACCGACAUCACGCCAGCCCAAUCGAGCCAGAUACUAUCUUUGAUUGAAGCUUUGACCACCACCAAGAAAGAGUUAGACUUGCAGGCUAGUAAGGUCAAGGAGCUUGAGAAUAUGCUGCGUCGUGAGCAGAGUGCCCGUGAGAGUGCUGAAGAACGUGCACGGAAAUUAGAGAGUCAGCCACCAAGCCAGGAAUUGCUUCCAAAUGGGACCCAUCCCGGCCCAGACGAACAAGCAGACGUAGACUUGGGUGUGGUCGAUGAAGAGGGCAAGACUCCGAAUGACUCUACCGCCGAAUUCCCAGAGGGAAAAGACCUAAAGCCAACGACUAACACUGAGAUUGCGGAUGUGGCCCCCACUAUAGAGCCAGAUCCUUCAUCUGACGAGCUGAAGCGCCGCAUCGACACGCUGCUGGCCGAGAUGGAAACCGCGAAGAAGCAAAUGAACGAGUACAGAGAGUCUGCUGAGCGGGCGGAGAAGGAAGCUGCUGAGAGCCGCCAGACACUCGCGGAGAUGAUCGAGAAGAUCCGACAGGAGAAGGCUCAAGAGGCCACCGCAGCAGCCUCCAAGGGCUCGCUACGGUCCAGAGACGCCUUGGAAACCGAGGCCGCGGUCGUCACCGCCGCUUCACCGAGUGAUGAGUCGGCAGGCAGCUCUUCCAGCGCCAACCUCGAGCAGGUCAUCGAGAGCUGUCGCUCCAUCAACCCAGAGAAAAUAAAGGAGCUUGAGGCAGCGGCAACGGCUUUCGCGAAGCAAAAGAGGCAGGACUCUGUGUUGCUGGAGCAGUCUGCACCAUAUGCUUCUAUGCUUGGUGUUGUUUUGAUCGGAGUCGGGAUAAUGGCGUACCUAAAUGGCUGGCAUAAAGUCGAACGAUAA